GUCAAAUAUGCCCAAUGUAACUCUCGCCAGCGACGGCAGCCAUAUCAAUCUUCCCUGCAACACACUGGCGCCGGCUCAUCGCAUCGCAGAUGAAACCCUCAUCCAAAUAUUUUGUUAUCAUACCCCACAAAACGAUAUCGCUGUUUCCGCGCCGAAGGACGGUUAUGGUUCCGAUACUUGGCUCAACAUAAUCCACGUCUGUCGAAGGUGGAGAGCUGUCGCGAUCGGCUUUCCAGCGUGGUGGACCAAUAUCAUCACCGUUGAUCCCGACCUGACCAACUUCAUGCUCGAAAAUUCACAACCUAUGCCCAUCACUCUCGAUGUCGACGUCUCUCCUUUACGGGGAAAGGCCAGCUAUGCGCGUCGACUCGUGAAGGCUAAUCUUCCACGUAUUCGGACUCUGCGGAUAGGUGGGGAUCGCCGUAGUAUGAACAUAAAGCGGGUUCUGGAGGUCCUCGUACAGUGUGGGACUCCUGUCCUUCACGAGAUCCAAAUCUAUGACGGAGGCAUACACUACGACGACGACAGCCUUCCUCUUCCCAAGGACGUCUUCCCUACAGCCCUCAGAGUCCCAUCGUUAUACCUCAAGUACUGCCAUGUCACCUCUGGCUCGGAAGCCUUCUUAUCUCAUCUCACCUCCCUUACCAUGGAAGGCCCUAUCAACGAUAUUUACGACACGCUUCGUUGCACCAAGGCGCUCACAUUUGCUCACCUGAAGUCUACCGAGACGAUAGAGGACUUCGAUAUCAGCAUCGAUGCCAUGUCAUGGCAAGGUACAUUUCGAAUCGUAGAUCUCCCUCGACUUCGUCACCUCCACUUCCAUGGACCCGUCGCAUCAUACACAGAGUUGGCAAAGUAUACUUCUUUCCCCUUGGAUGUCAUCGUCACUUUGGACCUAAAGUUCGAGCGUAAUCGCCAAUACGGCGAUCAUGUGCGCCAAAUGGAAGUAGAACUCCCCAUUCUGCUCAAACAUCUCGAGAAUCGUUUCAAACGUCGCCAGGAUGAGCUUGGGCUACCCUUCCGAAAGCUCCAUCUAGAGCUCGAGGUCGGCCCCAGAUAUCAAGGCGUCACGAUAUCUGCCUUCUCCGGUCAGCCAGACGAACGUUUACCACGCGACGGUAUCCUCACAGCAAGGUGGCGCGAUCGGACGGCUGAUUUGCAUCUUCGGGUUGGGUGGAACAAUGUCCUGUCGAAACUUGAUAUCGACGAUAUUCACGAAGUCGCUCGACAGCUCUGUCGUCGCCUCCCGCUGGCGGAGGUCACCCACCUGGGCGUAUGCGGUGCCGAUCCUUCCUAUCUCCCGUGGUGGCCAUCGACGUUCGAGCAGAUCCGCGACAUAGAAAAACUCGCGAUCAACGGCAAUCGGACAGUUUUCAUCGUAUCCCAAAUUAUCAAAGGCGAUUUCCCAGUCCGUUACGCUGGAAAGUACUAUAAUCAUGGAAGGAUCCCAAACGGUCUCUUGACGGAAGAUUCUUUGCGCGAAUGGACUUCUCAGUUCAAGAACCUUCGCGAUAUCACGGUUGAGUUCACUUCGCAUUUCGGUAGGACCAUGGAUGAAAUGACGGACGGCAUCAUCCCGGCUCUUGAGAGUAGGGAGAGGGCUGACCUCCCUCGUUUGCGGUCACUCACCAUACAUGACUGUGAUGUUACAAUGCGAACGGUGCAAAUUUUGGAGAAAUUGGCGGACAAGGUAGUGUGGGACAAGAAGGGGAAGGGGAUGCAGGAUCUUAACUGUAUCAGCAUCGAGAGAGAAAACCGUCUCAGGGAGCAGCGCUUGCUUGCAGAGGCGGAAGGGGAAGAAUAG